GGAUGUGCAGAGGUUCCAUUUUUAUUAUACCCCGUCGACUUUCUGUGACACACAACGCCACCAAUCGAAACCCCAAAAUUUUCUCUCUCCUUAGAUGAAUUCAAUGGCCGCUCAAAUUUUGCGUCGAGCUGUCGGAAGCCACACCACCUCUUCUCUCCGACGUCAAUUCUCCACCGCCACCCCCAUCACCGCAACUCUCUUCCCCGGCGAUGGUAUUGGCCCCGAGAUCGCCGAAUCCGUCAAACAGAUUUUUACAGCAGCUCAAAUACCGAUUGAAUGGGAGGAACACUUUGUUGGGACAGAAGUAGACCCUAGAACCCAAAGCUUUCUCACUUGGGAAAGUUUAGAAUCUGUACGCCGGAAUAAGGUGGGUCUUAAAGGUCCAAUGGCUACAUCAAUUGGAAAGGGGCAUCGUUCACUUAAUCUUACUUUGAGGAAGGAGCUGAAUUUAUAUGCCAAUGUUAGACCGUGCUUCAGUCUUCCUGGCUAUAAGACCAGGUAUGAUAAUGUGGAUCUUGUCACCAUCCGUGAGAACACUGAAGGCGAAUACAGUGGACUUGAGCACCAAGUGGUUAGGGGUGUGGUUGAAAGCAUCAAGAUUAUUACUCGUAGCGCAAGUUUAAGAGUUGCCGAGCAUGCCUUUCAGUAUGCAAAAGCUCAUGGAAGAGCUAGGGUAUCUGCGAUACACAAAGCAAAUAUCAUGCAGAAAACUGAUGGUCUUUUCCUACAGUGCUGCAGGGAAGUUGCAGAGAAGUACCCUGAGAUCAAAUAUGAAGAAGUUGUCAUUGACAAUUGCUGUAUGAUGCUUGUGAAGAAUCCUGCGCUGUUUGAUGUAUUGGUCAUGCCUAACCUCUAUGGUGAUAUUAUCAGUGACCUCUGUGCUGGUUUAAUUGGCGGUUUGGGUUUAACACCAAGCUGUAAUAUUGGGGAGGGAGGUAUUGCUCUAGCUGAAGCUGUGCAUGGCUCAGCUCCUGAUAUUGCUGGAAAGAACAUGGCGAAUCCAACUGCUUUGCUUCUAAGUGCUGUGACCAUGCUACGACACUUGGAACUUAAUGACAAAGCUGAUAUAGUUCAGAAUGCUGUUCUGAAAACAAUUGCUGAAGGACAUUAUCGAACCAUCGAUCUUGGUGGCAAAGCUUCAACAACAGACUUCACGAAAGCAAUUUGUGAUAAUCUUUGAACUCAUUCUACAUGAGCGGUUUCUGCAGUGUAUUUACUAAGUUCAAAACCAUAUUUUCAAUUUGUUUUGGAAGGAGAUUAGCUUUGCUGUCAACGAAGACCUUUGCGGCAGGUUCAUCUUCUCGGAGGAGUGAGCAACACAACCUCAUUUUAUUGAUAGAUUCUUUUUAGCAUUUACCUAAGCAUAAUCUGAAGCACCGAGGUUUGUACGAGUCUGCUAAUUUUACCAAAUACGAAUAAAGGGGAUUUUGAUGUUUCAGCUCUUUUGGCCUUGUUACCUAUGCAAUGUGUUAAUAAAUUUUGCUUCUGGUAAUUUAUUCCAGAUGAUAUUUGAGAUACAACUGAUAUCGUGAUUUUAAAUAUUUUUAUAUUGUACA